AUGAUAGCUGAUAAAAAUUUUAAUGUCUCGGCUAUAUUUGGUGAUAUUGUAGUGAAUGAACCAAAAAACGCAACUAUUGAUCAUGAAGUCAAAUGGCCGCGUAGUAUUUCACUCGUCGGUCACUCACUGGUCAUUCAUAAAUUAUCAGCAGUCGAAUGGUCACUGCGGAAUGAAAAUACACAACCCCUUGCUUGUGGUACCAUUGGUUUUGCAUCAUAA